AGUUGAUCUUAUUAUUGAUCAAUUAUUCGGGACAAAUGUCAAUCAUCAGUCAAAUGAGCUUUAGAUGUAUUGCCUUGGUUAACAAUAUCAAUUUACUCUCACAUAGAGCUAAAAUGAUGGAUACGAUUCAGAUUUGUGCGGAAACAAUAUUUAGGUUCAAUGGCAAGUGUAAAAGCAACUGUAAAACUAAAUAUUGUUUUAUUUUAAUUAGAUUGAUUGAUCAGUUGAAAGUAUCUAAAUGUUGAAUUUAAAUUGUCCUUGGUACACGAGUUAAUACAAUUUACCUGAAAACUGAGAUGCAAAGGAAUGGUAAAUAAACCAUUAACUUUUUUCAUGGUCAUCCGCAAAACCAUAUCAAGGGUGAUCUCUUAAUAUUAUCAACAAUUUAAACUUGUUUUCACCUUUUAUUUCAACGUAUUUCCACUUUCUCCUGACACAGUUCCGAUCAAGUUUCCGGCUGAACCAGUUUCUAAUACAUUUCCAACUAUUGUCAUUAUAUCUACGUUUUUUUUCUCGCUUUCAAUUUAAUAAUUGUCGACGAUCUUGUUUUUUUGUUUGUAUUUUUGUUCAGAUUGUUUCUUGGUGUGUGAAGAUGAUCUGAAAACUGAGCUUGUUGAAACAUUGUGUACAGCACAUUAAAGUCAACAAUGACACAUUUCUUACCUUUUUUGGUGAGACACUUUCAGUAAAAAGUAAAGCAUGUUGAUAAUUAGUGAUUUUGUUGUCUUUUAUCAUCCUAAGUGGUCAUGUCUUUUUUGUAUUUUCAGGUUAAAUCAAGUGUUUGGUGAAGCUACUUUGUUAGUGUUUUCAUAAAUGUCUACAAAAUAGACUACAUCGUGUAUAUCAUCAGGAACCAUCAAUAUCUUGAGAUUUACUUGAUUACGAGUUCACCCAAGUUCAACCAUCAGCAAAAUUCAUGGUCUUGUUAGUGCGAACCAACUGUGGUUUCCUUUGAAGACAGGGAGAAAGAGAGAGAAAGAGCAAGAGAAGCAAAAAAAGAGAGUAAAAAGGUUGGAGAAAAAACUGGAGAAACAAAAGCAAACAAUCUCCAUUUUUACAGCUUGCUGUGUAUCUCCUUCUGGUUACAUUAUUCCCUCUCUUUCUUCUUGUUUCCAGCCAAAUCUGCCUCUGUGUUUUUACCUAUUCAUUCCUUUAUUAUUGUGAUUAACCACCGGGUAAAGAGUAAACCACCUGUCCUAUUUAUUAUAAUUCAAUUUAUUCUCUAAUCUUACCAAUGGAAUCAACAAAACACUUCUAUUACCACAAUCACCAUUAUCAUCAUAGUGUUAUCAAUAUCUCCCUACUGCAAGUUUACAUCAACAUGGUUACCUAUUCUUAGGCUAUAUUUUGGUCCAAUUUUAAAACAGUGAUUGUUAUUAUAUUUUUUACUUAAUUAUUCAUUAAUAUAAAUUAAGUUUUACCUAAUCUGCCAAUUAACUAAUCAUAACUAUGCUGCCAGAAUAAAAUUAUUUCAUUGCUUCACAAUUGACCAUCAGAGGAAAAGCUAAAAACGUAAACACAACCAGUCAAACAUGAUGUUUGAUAAAGCAGUCUAUCUCAAAGGAAUUCGGACUCUUUCGCUUAUCCUUCUCUAUUAUUGUUUCUCAAUUGGGAUAACAUUUUAUCAAAAAUGGUUUUUAAAGGGCUUUCACUUUCCUUUUUUAGUUGUUACAUGCCAUAUGAUAAUGAAAUUCUUGCUAUCCGCUGUUGUUCGAUUUAUCAUGAUUCUUGUAACUGGUAAUUUUAGAGCGACUCUAAACUGUUCCGCCAAUGUAAAGAAAUUAGCCACAAUUGGAUUUGCCAGUGCACUGGAUAUUGGUUUCUCCAAUUGGUCCUUCGAGUACAUUACAAUUUCUCUUUAUACCAUGACCAAAAGUACUUGUAUAAUAUUCAUCCUUGGCUUUGCGAUUGUUUUCGGCUUAGAGAAAAAGCGCAUCUCUCUGGUUGUGGUUGUUAUAUUAAUUUCCAGUGGUCUCGCUAUGUUCACAUACCAUUCAACUCAAUUCAGUUCCAAAGGCUUCACACUAGUUUUAAUUGCAUCUUUCCUUGGUGGUUUAAGAUGGACUUUGGCACAGUUAUUGAUGCAGAGGAAAGAUAUGGGUUUAAGUAAUCCAGUUGAUAUGAUGUACCACGUACAACCAUGGAUGAUUUUAUCUCUAUCGCCAUUCACAUUCGUAUUUGAAGCCUUACCACUGAUCAACAAAAGUUUUUCAGUUUUUUUCAACACAUACUCUUUCAUAUACAUUCUGAUUGGUUCAUUCCUCGCUUUCCUCAUGGAACUCAGUGAAUAUCUUCUAAUCACGUAUACUUCGAGUUUAACCUUGUCUAUAGCUGGCAUAUUUAAAGAAGUAUUCACGUUAUACAUAGCUAUAGAAUAUUCUCGUGAUGAAAUUAGUAGAAUUAAUUUAAUUGGUUUAGCUGUUUGUCUUACUGGUAUCUCAUUGCAUGUUUACAUACGUGCUAAUGAAAUGGCAAAAGAUAAAAGGACAAUCCCUGCAAAUGACCAUCUGGAAACGGAAAAGCUUUUAAUCAAUGGAAGUGAAGAGAUUUAAUUUUCUGACUGACCACUUUAAUGGAAACUAUGAGGCCAACAAUCUUCUAGUCUGCUUGAGUUUGAAAGACUUGAUUGACUAUUCCUAAUCAAAUUCCUUCACAUUGGUAUUACAUAUACUCAACUGAUCACUAUUAAUUCCGAAAUCAUUGGGAACAAAUUGAUUUGUGUAAAAAUCAACAAUUCUGCAUUUUCAUCUAUCCACAUGGAAAUCUAUUGUUACAAGUGACCAUAUAUCAUUGCAUGCUUAUGCAAUAUUGAAUCAUACAUUUUAAAUUAGUCAUUUAAUUGAUGUUCACAAUUCAUACUACAAUUAGUAGCCUUUAAACAUCGAGUAAUUAUUGACUAUGAAAUCAACUUAUCUUCAGAGUAUCUAUCGACAUAAUCUGCGGUUAGAUACGAUGGUAUUUUUCUGUAAAUUGAGCUUAAAGUGUUUAACUUUCAGAUCAAGACUAGCAGCUAUUCUCAUUGUCUUCUCAAGAUCAACUCUCAAGAUUCAAUGUUUAAAAUUAUAAUUUACACUUUGUACAGAAUAAGCUAACUUGGCGAAUGGUUAAAUUGUAAAACAGUGAAAGAUAGAGCGAAAUCGAAAAAAAAAUCUCAACAGAUCUCCCUUGUUAAUUUAUUCAUUAUUUUGCUAAAUAAACAACAUAAAAGCUUGUGAUUAAUCAA